UAUGUCGCACAUUCGGAUUUAAGCUGAGUUAGGGAAGGUCUCCGGAGCUUUGUCUUCCGCGUCAUCCUUACUUAGCCACCGUGGGAAAUGGUCUGAUUCUCACUCUCCCUGUCUCUCCUCUGACUCUGGUCUUUACUCCAUGUUGCAGGCAGAGCCUCCGAUUUUUCUCGGGCUGUCCACCUGCCUCCCACUGAGCAGCCAUGAGUGCAAUCUCCAGAGACAAGACUAAUCAGACCCUGGGCUCCUUUUCCAGCCUCGGACAGAGCUCCUCCUCUUUGCUUGGCUUAACAGGCUUGCCUGCUGCUCUUGGUUUAUAGGAGGAGAAGGCAGAAUCGGUCCGCUUUCCCCACACCUCAAUGUUUCUGGAAUAGCUAUAGAUGUGUGGACACAGCACCGGGUUCCCAUUCCCCGUAGGGCAGAAGUAGCUGUUUCAGUUUGAUGGGUGGAGCCACUUUCUUCUUCAAGGCUGAGGAUAUGAUGAAUCCGGAAUCUUGGUCACCAGAGGAUUUUGUAACGCCGCCGCGGAUGUCCUGUCUUGAGAGCUUGCUGGUGCCUUUCGUGGGGGUGGGAGCAGCUCAACUCAUCCCCCGGCCUCCUUGGCUGCUUUUGUGUUCCUGGAAGCCUCAGUGUGAAGGCAGAGGACAGGAGCCAUGCCAGGUGGCAGGCCCCUUCUCCACAUUCCUCCUGUCUGUGUACACAUGCUCAGGGGAACAAGGGCGGGAGCAGUUCCACGGUCUGGGCUCCAUGUACUGUCGCGGAGCGGCCGCUAUUAUCCUUACCUAUGAUGUGAAUCACCCACAGAGCCUAUUUGAGCUGGAGGACAGAUUCCUGGGCCUGACAGAAACAGCCAACAAUGACUGCCUCUUUGCCAUUGUGGGAAACAAAGUGGACCUGACCAUGGAGCGGGCCACAGAGGGUGGGGAGAAGGAAGGACUGGCGUCUGGGAAGGCGGGCAGCUGUGCUUCCUCCAAGGUACCCAAGCAGGUGCAUCCAGAGGAUGCAAUGGCUCUUUACAAGAAGAUCCUGAAGUACAAGAUGCUGGAUGAGAGGGAGAUGCCAGCUGCCGAGCAGAUGUGCUUCGAGACCAGUGCCAAGACCGGACACAAUGUGGACCUCCUCUUUGAAACCUUGUUUGACCUGGUGGUACCUAUGAUCACACGGCAGAGGGCUGAGGAGUCAUCUCAGAUUGUGGACAUAGCCAGCUGCAAAACACCCAAACAGACUAGAUCUGGGUGCUGUGCCUAGCAGCAGGAGGUCUGUCUUGUCAUCUGGCGUGUGUGGGAGCCACUGGGCUAAGAAACCUCACACAACACUGUGUACUGAGGACAAUGGGCAGAAUGACCACCAGCUGCUAAUACAGGCCAGAGUGCCCAGCAACCUCUGGGCAUCCGGAGGUGGCACUCAGACAUGCGGAGCCAGCCUGGUGCCACCUCAUCUACUGCCCUAUGUGUCUGUCAUGGAGAUACCGUCGUGGAGCCUGCGGUCUGAGGACCUGCCUUGGACUGGUCUUUACUCUGUCAGUGACUAUAUCCUGCACCGUGUCUGUUCUCAGAGGCCUGUGUCCACUGUGAUUUAUAUAUGGUCUUCCUGUUUGAUACCUGUACCUUGAUAUGUUAUGAUGACAAUUUUCCACAUUUAAUUUAUAUAAAAUCAGGAAUGGCUGUUUUUAUAAUGGGUGAAGCCGAUGGGCUAUAUAUUAUUAAAAAAUGAUUUAGGGAAAAGCCUUGUUCUUGGGAAUGUUUGACUUUUAUUUGAACCACAGGAAAUUCCUUAAUUCCGGGAAGGGGUUGGGGGUGGGGGUGGUUACCAUGAACCUGUCUUUAAAUGUGACAGCAAAUCUCUCUCUUGAAAGUUUCAUUCAGUCCUUGACAGUUCCAGGAUAUUUGGAUGAGUCUUUUACCAAGUUGUCCGGACCACCUGAACUGUAGUGGUGGCUACGCUCACAGCUUGAUCCUGAUCUGAUUGGAGUCCAUUCCAAGUCAAAACCCCUUUGUGGUUUUCCUGUGGGUGGUGAAGUAGCCGCUCCGCAAGAAGCUGACAGGCAAAUGUGGGAGACAAUAGCGCCUGUGUUCUUAGGAAUUCAUUGAGAGCAAGCAGGCAGAAACUGGGGUUCUGUGAGGUAGAGAGGCCAGCCCAUUGUAGGCGGGCUUUGCUAUCGCUGCUGAAGGCCGGCUUCUUGGUUGGCUAGGUUGCUGCAGGCCUGAGUGGCCUUCCCUGCAAAGCCUGCAUCCUUCAGAUGAGAUACAAUGUUGCACCUGACAUAGAGCUUGGGAUAAAACAUCAAGCCCAAGGCUUCCUCCUGCUGAAGCACAUCCCGGAGCCCCCACGUUCACUUUCACAGUAGCUUGUUAAAAACUGAAAGUGAAGAGUAUGCUUCCACUGAAAUCUCUGGAGCACCCCAAUAGAGGCAGAAGCUGUACUUCCUGUCCUCGAGAUAGAUCUUGGCCAGCGACUCAUCUGGGAAGUGUGUGACUCAGAGAGCCCGGAGUCAUUCCUUUGACCCUUGACCCGUCAGAGUGAAACUGGUCACAUGACUCGGCUUCCGCUGUUCAUGUUUUAAGGUCCUGAGUGGGCAGGUGAAUUCCCAGGAUCCUUUCUUCACAGCGUUCUCUCUCUCGAGUCCUGUCUGCACUGAGUUUCUCAGCUGCUGUGCUCUUGAAUGGCCGCAUGCCCAGGGGCUGGUAUUCAGGGACAGAAUGCCACUUCCGCUUCCAGGUGCCCUCUGUGUUUGCUACUUCAGAAGUGAAAUCAGCGGUGGGCUCUUUCAUGGCGCUCUGGUGUAUUUCUUGAACGUCACUGGCCCUGUGUGGCCUGGAGGAGGGACAGUCAGUUCAUCAAAUGCCUGCUUAGCAGUCUGUAUACCAUCAAGUGACAAGGAUUCCUCAACCAAACCCUGACACCCUGUCCUGAGCAGUGCUUCUUGGGGACUCUGUACAUUAUUAGCCUUGGUCUCUCCGUAGGGAACCAGGUCCUUGGGUCUUAUUUAAGGGGCUACAGGGCUUAAGUUUCUCUAGGAAGCCACAGUUCUGUGAGUUCUCAGUGGGUGACUUGCCUUUGUGGGCAGUGUGAAUCUCUACAGGAUAGGGGAAAUAAAUGGUCUGGGAAUGUGACCCCAAACACCCUUCUUUCCUUUGUCCCAGUGUGGUAGGGGCCAGGAGCCAGGGCUGCAAUCAGGGACCUUAGAAGCCUGUUACGGCUGGAGAGAUGACUCAGCAGUUAAGAGCACUGACUGCUCCUCUGAAGGUUCUGAGUUCAAAUCCCAGCAACCACAUGGUGGCUCACAACCAUCCAUAAUGAGAUCUGAUGCCCUUUUCUGGAGUGUCUGAAGACAUCUAUAUCAUAUUAUAUUCACAUAUAAUAAGUAAAUAAAUCUUUAGCAAUGUUAAA